UUUCAAUUCACAUAAAUCACAUAAAUUAAAAUAAUAAUACAUUAAAUUCAGUUAUUCUUCUUCUUCUUUUCUUCUUCUUCUUCCUCUUCACUCACACUAUGAAAUAAAACUUUGAAAUUCAGAAUACAAACCCUAAAUCCUAAUCCCAAAUUCGUGAACCUCGAAGCUUUAACAAUGGUUUCUCUUGAAGAAUCUCGUUCGAAUUCGAAUCGUUUUCCUUUACCGAGAAUCUAUCAGUAUCAUAAUCAUUCGUCUGUUUCCUCGAAAUCGCAGCGGAAUAUUGGAAGAUCGAUGCGAACCAGAAGAUCUAGUAUCUUUGAUGAAGAUAACAGUAGUUGCACGUUUACCGAGAGAUCAACGUGUGUAUCGGAGAAUUUAACCGAUUCUGUCGUCGACCUCCGUCUCGGUGAGCUCGCUUCCCGGAAUAUUAAAUCCGGGAGGUCGUCUACGACUGAGCAGGACCUUCUUGAUCUUUCGCAGGCUUUCAGUGAGUAUUCUGCUUGUAGUAGUGAUAUUUCCGGUGAGUUGCAGCGGUUGGCGACUCUUCCGUCGCCGGAGUGUAAUUUGAAGAGUGAUAGUGGAGGUGAUAGUGGAGGUGGCGGUGAGGAGGAGGUUGAGGUGGAGCCUUGCAUGGGGUUUUUGCAGAGGGAGAAUUUUUCGACGGAGAUUAUUGAGAGUAUUUCGCCGGAGGAUCUUCAGCCGACGGUGAAGCUUUGUGUGGAUGGUUUACAGUCGUCGUCGGUGGCGGUGAAACGUUCUGCUGCGGCGAAGCUGAGGUUGCUUGCUAAAAAUAGGGCUGAUAAUAGAGUUCUGAUUGGUGAGUCCGGUGCGGUGCCGUUUCUGGUUCCUCUGCUGAGGUGUACUGAUCCAUGGACGCAAGAACAUGCUGUGACCGCGCUUUUGAAUCUGUCGCUUCACGAGGAUAACAAGAAGGUAAUAUUCAAUGCAGGAGCUGUGAAAUCGUUGAUUUAUGUGUUGAAAACAGGAACGGAAACUUCGAAGCAGAACGCGGCGUGUGCGCUUUUGAGUUUAGCUUUGGUGGAAGAGAAUAAGAGCUCAAUCGGGGCUUCCGGUGCGAUUCCGCCAUUGGUUUCGCUUCUACUGAACGGUUCCAACAGAGGGAAGAAAGACGCAUUAACAACUCUGUACAAGCUUUGUUCUGUUAAGCAGAACAAGGAGAGAGCGGUGAGUGCCGGUGUGGUGAAGCCGCUUGUGGAGCUGGUGGCGGAGCAAGGGAAUGGUAUGAUGGAGAAAGCAAUGGUGGUGUUGAAUAGCUUAGCGGGGAUUGAAGAAGGGAAGGAAGCGAUUGUGGAAGAAGGUGGAAUAGCGGCACUUGUGGAAGCCAUUGAAGACGGGUCUGUGAAAGGAAAAGAAUUUGCUGUUUUGACUCUUCUUCAGCUUUGUGCUGACAAUGUUACAAACAGAGGGUUACUUGUUAGAGAGGGUGGGAUUCCUCCCCUUGUAGCUCUUUCCCAGAAUGGAACUCCUCGAGCUAAGCAUAAGGCUGAGACACUCCUUCGAUAUUUGAGAGAAUCAAGACAAGAAGCAUCAACUUCAACUUCUUAGAGAAGUAAUUGCGUAUUUGGGUUAUUAGUUAGGAAGGUAAUUAUACAAUGUAAUUGAUUAUUGUGUAUAUAGUGGUGGUCUGUCUGGUUUGUACAGUGUGGCAAACAUUCUUGGAAGAAUGUUUAUUGAAGUUAGAAGAAGUUAGCAAUCUAAAAGACUAUAUAGACUGACCUUUAGAUGCAUGAAUAUAGCUAGGUUUGGCAUUUUGCUUUCCCUUGUUUCAAUUUGUUGUGUUUCCUGGAGUUACAUGGCGUAGGUUUGGAUCGAUUUCACCGAAUCCACGGCGUGGCGUCACUGCGUGAUAGCUUUGAAGAUAAGUAAUGCUUCAACUGCAUGCAUGGUGCAUGUUUAUCCAACCCAGUACCAAACACAGGCAUGGUUGUCUUUGAGUUUUGGGUUGAUUAGGUUUUUAAAUUUCCUUAGUGUAGAUGAUGACCCUAGUUUUGGCAAAAGGGUUUCCGAUUUUAUCAUUGUAUGUUUUAUCUUCCUACUUGUUGUGAAAGUCAAGAGUUUGUAGCUUUGUACUACACUACUAUUUGGACUAUGUCUGUAUCCGUAGCUCCUUUUGGUUAAAAUUGGUGACUGGGUUUUGUGUAUUUUAAUCUGAUGAUUGCAUGCCUAACUGCAAGCCAGUAAAUCAGCUUCAUCUGUCUGUUUGUACUGAAAGUGUGCUGUUUUUGACAAAUCAAUGUUGCUCAGCAAAAGUACACAUAUUUUCAUCCCCAGAUUCCAUAUCUGAUAUACUGUCUGAUAUUUUUGUAUGAAUUGCCUUCAGAGUUCCUGUAGGGAAGAAGUUGAUUGUGAUAUUUAAACUUUUUCCAUACAAGUGGAAAUUGUCAGAAUUCCAAAAUAGACAAGAAUCUUUCGAAAACUUUUCUAAUAUUAAUAUUCUCAAAAGAUUUAGCUAUUCCAUUUUUCCAGCUACUAAAAGAUCAGAUAUUGCACGUAUCUUAGUGUCUGGUCUGAUUAUUGUGAUGUGUUUAUGGUGUUUCAUAUGAAUGGGAUGAUGAUGCUGUUGCCUGUAGGUCCCUACCCAUGUUUGUCCUUGAGAAGCGGUUCACCCGCUUGCAUGCUACCAAAUGAAGGUUUGAGUUACAUCAGUAUGGCAAAUCAGAACCCCACCUUGACCUUGAUUUUAAAUUCACCACACAUUGUAUCAUUUUAAUAUCUCAACAUCUUGAUGAUCAAUAUAUUUUUGCCCUUUUCAAAUCUUCUUGUCGCUUAUAAUAAUCACCAGUUAGCUGGCAGAGCAGGUGUGUUUUGUCCUGCCGUUUGUUUGGAUGGUUGCACUUUCAUAUCCCAAGUUUUGAAUAAACCAGGUGUCGGUGGUCUCCUCUUUCUUUUUUUUAAAGUGUGUUUUAUUUAUUUAUUUAUUUAUUUUUAUGCUAUUAUAGUUUGAUUGCUUGCAUCAUCAAAAGGCUAAUCUGUUUGGUGAGACAGCAGUGGCCUUUGUUAAAGCAAAGUAUAUGAAGCAUCUUAGGACAUUCAAUAACUUAAAGGAUGUUGAUUUCUCA